UGCCUCUCUCGCCAACGUUCUCAAAUGUUUUCUUCUCUCUGAUUGGAGUUCCCCAGGACGGGUCCAGCCUUCUUCCUGGGCACUUUGAAGCGAGCUGGAAAGAGCCCUUCCAGUGAACCACUGGAAUCAGACACUCUGGGAAGGUGGGCGUUAAGUGGUACGUGAAGCUCUAAUGAAAAAGGGCCCCGCGGCCGGAACGCCGAGUGCGGCGUUGAUGUCAGCAUUCUGCGCCGCCGGGAGAGGAAAGCCCGCGAGCGGCGCCAGCCGGAAGGGGAGGGGCGGUUGGUCCGGUUUCCUGGCGACGCGGCUGUGCUGGUGGCUCCUUCGCGGGCUGAUUGCCUUUCUUUUCCUGACGUGUGAGCUGGCAGUUAUGCUUUGGCUACUCUCUACUCCCAAGCUGGUUCCUGCUUUAGCAAGCGCCCGCGGCCUCUCAGGAUGCAUAUCAUGUUUACAGCGAAGAUACUCUCUCCAGCCUGUGCCAGAGAGGAGAAUUCCAAAUCGAUAUUUAGGCCAGCCUAGCCCCUUCACACAUCCACACCUCCUCCGACCAGGGGAGGUGACACCAGGACUAUCUCAGGUGGAAUAUGCACUUCGUAGACACAAACUGAUGUCUCUGAUCAACACGGAAGCACAGGAGCAAAGUGGGACAGACCAGACGGUGGUUGUGCUCUCCAAUCCUACGUACUACAUGAGCAAUGACAUUCCCUACACUUUCCACCAAGACAACAAUUUCCUGUACCUCUGUGGAUUCCAAGAGCCUGAUAGCAUUCUGGUCCUUCAGAGCCUGCCUGACAAGGAGUUACCAUCACAUAAAGCCAUGCUUUUUGUGCCUCGGAGAGACCCCAGUCGAGAACUUUGGGAUGGUCCUCGAUCUGGCACGGAUGGAGCAAUAGCUCUAACUGGAGUCGAUGAAGCCUAUACGCUAGAAGAAUUUCAACAUCUAGUACCAAAGCUGAAAGCUGAGUCGAACAUCAUUUGGUAUGACUGGAUGAAGCCUUCUCAUGCACAGCUUCACUCUGACUACAUGCAGAGUGUGACUGAGGCCAAAGCCAGGAGCAAGAACAAGGUUCGGGGAGUUCAGCAUCUGGUACAGCGCCUCCGGCUAAUCAAAUCUUCUGCAGAAAUUGAGAGAAUGCAGAUUGCUGGGAAGCUGACAUCACAGGCUUUCAUAGAAACCAUGUUUGCCAGUAAAGCCCCUGUGGAGGAGGCCUUUCUUUAUGCCAAGUUCGAAUUUGAAUGCCGGGCUCGUGGUGCAGACAUCUUAGCCUACCCACCUGUGGUUGCUGGUGGUAAUCGGUCGAACACUUUGCACUAUGUGAAGAAUAAUCAACUCAUCAAGGAUGGGGAAAUGGUGCUUCUGGAUGGAGGUUGUGAAUUUUCCUGCUAUGUGAGUGACAUCACCCGUACCUGGCCUGUCAAUGGCAGGUUCACCGCAGCUCAGGCAGAACUCUAUGAAGCUGUUCUAGAGAUCCAGAGGGCUUGUCUGUCCCUCUGCUCCCCUGGGACAAGCUUGGAGAAUAUCUACAGCAUGAUGUUGACGCUAACAGGACAGAAGCUUAAAGAGUUGGGGAUCAUGAAGAACAGCAAAGAAAAUGCUUUCAAGUCUGCUCGAAAAUACUGCCCUCACCAUGUAGGCCAUUACCUUGGGAUGGAUGUCCAUGAUACUCCAGACAUGCCCCGUUCUCUCCCUCUGCAGCCGGGUAUGGUGAUCACAAUUGAACCAGGCAUUUAUAUUCCAGAGGAUGACAGAGAUGCUCCAGAGAAGUUUCGAGGUCUUGGUGUGCGAAUCGAGGAUGAUAUAGUGGUGACUCGGGACUCCCCUCUCAUCCUUUCUGCAGAUUGUCCCAAAGAGAUAAAUGACAUUGAGCAGAUCUGCAGCAGAACCUCAUGACCCCCAUUGCAACUCAGAUGCAUCUCAGGUUCAAAACAGGCGUGCAGGCAUCCCUGCAUUUGUGCAUUCUGAGUCUCCAUGCAUAUUUAUGCACAUGUUUUAUUUGAGGGUGCAGCAGCUAUAUAUGAUGUGUGUAAUCAUUACAUGGGCUUUUCUAAAUAGAUGGAAAAACAGAAAAGUGAA